AAAUUUUAUCGACAAAGUAUCCUUCCUCCCGCCUUGUUUACCUUCCCGUCUCUCUGUCCACUGACAGCUACCACUCCAUCUCCGCCCCGCAAAAGACGGCUUCUUGCCGCCGGCGAUGGAUACCUUUUUCGCUGGCGAAAUCGCCACCGAACUCGUAAAGGAACUCAUCAACGUCGUCCGCCGCGUCUACCUGUGCCGUCAAAGCGCCGAGCAACUCCGUCGCUCCGUAGAAGCCCUCCUUCCCAUCAUAACCGAGAUCCGCUUCUCCGGCAUCGAACUGCCCCAAUCUCGCCAAAAACAGCUCUCCGAACUCGUUGAACUACUUCGCCACGGCCUCAAUCUUGCCCGCCAAGUCGCAGCUUCCAGCCGUUUUAACGUUUACCGCAGCGUUCAGCUUGCCCGCAAAAUGGAGAAGGUGGAGAGCGAGAUUAACCGUUGGGUUCAGCGGCAGAUGCCGGCACAUAUACUGGCUGAUGUUCAUCACAUGAGGGUUGAAUCGUCUGUCAGAUUUGAUCGAUUGGAAAGGAAGGUGGAGGAGGCGGUGGCGGUGGGGGUCGGGGAAGGGAGGGUUAGGGUUUUGGAGAUGAUAGAGGGGUUAGGAUUUGUUGGGGAGAGGGAAGGGGAGGUGGUGGGGGUUGGAGUGCUGGUGGGGAGGGAGAGGAUUAAAGAUGUGUUGAUGAAUGUUGGGGGAGGAGAAGUGGUGGGAAUUUGUGGUAUUGGAGGGAGUGGGAAGACGACACUGGCGAGGGAGAUAUGUAAGGAUGCACAGAUUCGAAAUUAUUUUGGUGAGAGAAUUUUCUUUGAGACGGUUUCCCAGUUCCCAAACUUAGAGACGUUGAAAUUGAAGAUUUGGGAGCAGAUCAGUGGAAAUAUGGUUAUUGGUAUGUAUAAACAUAUACCUCAAUGGCAGAUCGAUUUAAAACCGAGAGUUAAACAGCCAACUCUCAUAGUGUUGGAUGAUGUUUGGUCACAAACUGAGCUUGAAGAACUUGUUUUUAGAGUACCCGGUUGCAAAACCCUAGUUGUGUCAAGGUUCAAGUUCCCUACCAUCAUCAGCUACACACAUGAAUUGGAGUUGCUGGCAGAAGAUGAAUCUCAGUCCCUUUUCUGCUGCUCAGCUUUUGGUCAGGAGUCAAUUCCAGCCACUGCUGAUAAGAAUUUGGUGAAGCAGGUUGUGGCUGAAUGCAAAGGGCUUCCUUUGGCUCUAAAAGUGAUUGGUGCUUCUUUGAGAAAUCAGCCUCCAAAGAUCUGGGCCAGUGCCAAAAACAGACUGUCGAGGGGAGAAGCUAUAUCAGACUCUCAUGAGAUAAAGCUUCUUGAAAGAAUGGCUACAAGCAUUGAAUGCCUAGCAGGAAAGUUUAAGGAGUGUUUUCUAGACUUGGGCUCGUUUCCAGAAGAUAAAAAGAUCCCUUUGGACGUUCUGAUCAAUCUCUGGAUGGAGAUACAUGAUCUUGAUGAGGAAGAUGCAUUUGCAAUACUGGUUGAACUUUCGAACAGGAAUCUCCUUACUCUGGUGAAGGAUACACAGAACAGGGCAGGCGACAUAUAUAGCAGUUACUGUGAGCUUUCCAUUACCCAGCAUGAUGUGUUGAGAGACUUGGCUCUUUUUAUGAACAAUCGUGAGCCUUUGAAGUGCCGAAAGAGGCUGAUCAUGCCAAGAAGAGAAGAUAGACUCCCAAAGGAUUGGGAAAGGAAUUAUGAUCAGUCAUUUGAAGCACAAAUUGUUUCAAUUCAUACAGGUGAAAUGAAAGAAUUUGACUGGUUGCCUAUAAAAUGCCCCAAGGCCGAGGUUCUCAUGAUCAAUUUUUCAGCAUGCACAUAUUUCCUUCCUCCAUUUCUCACUACCAUGCCAAACCUCAAGUCACUCAUUCUGAACAACUAUGGCUCAUCCUCUGCCAUUCUCGGAAACAUAUCCACUUUCACCUCCAUUAACAACUUGCGGAGCCUCUGGUUUGAGAAGAUAACUGUGCCACCUUUACCCAGAACCACAGUCCCUCUACAGAACCUGAGAAAGAUUUCUCUUGUCCUCUGUGAACUCAAAGAUAGCCUCAAAGACUCCACAGUUGACCUCCAAACCACCUUCCCCCAGCUCUCUCAUGUCACCAUAGAUCACUCCAUGGAUCUUACUGACUUCCCCUCCAGUAUCUGCGAAAUGCGAUCGCUCGAGAACCUGAGCAUUUCCAACUGCCAUGACUUGCAGGAACUUCCAUCCGAAUUCGGAAAACUGGACUCUCUUCAAAUCCUAAGAGUUUUUGCUUGCCCAGCUUUGAAAAAGCUUCCUCACUCUAUCUCCAGGCUGAAAAGAUUGAAGUACCUGGACAUCUCUCAAUGUAUCAAUCUCAAAUACCUUCCAGAUGAGUUUGGCAAAUUGGCUAGUCUGGAGAGAAUCGACAUGAGAGAAUGCUUGCAGUUGAGAGAUAUCCCGAGGAUUUUCGCAUCGCGAAGUUCAUCGCUUCAUGUGGUGUGUGAUGAAGAGAUGGCUUUGUUGUGGAAGGAAAGAGAGAAAGAUAUACCAGAGCUUCAGGUUCAGGUAGUUGAGGAAUGCUUCAAUCUGGACUGGCUUGUAGAGUGAUCUUUGCUUGUUUGCCUCUGUGUAUGAGUGUACAUAUGUGCGUUUAGAAGUGCUUUAGAAAGCUUUGUUUUAAUUGCUUCAAUUUGCUUGUCUCGCUAGACUAAAGUAACUUAGUGAUACGUAGUUUAUUUUGGUCUGUUGAUUGGGGGCUUUAGCUAUCAAUUAAGAGGAUUUGAGUUUGAGUUUUAUGUA